AUGCCCGUCAUGCUUCAAACACCAUCUCGAACCUCGACAGCGUCGACCUCAUCCUUUCAACCUCUUUCGCGCCAGAAUACAAUGUCUUCCUAUGAUGGAUCGCGCUCGGCGCGCCAGUCCAAGAGGUAUUCCAUGUCGGCCUUGUACAUGUCAAUGUCGGCAAAUGAAUCGGACCUCAUUAUCGAAGAUGAUCUCGCCAAAGCGCAGAAAAUUCUACGUGAGCUCAAGGCCAAGAUAUCGUCGCAGUCCAAGAAGAACUUCGUUCUCGAAAAGGAUGUACGCUAUCUAGACUCGCGCAUUGCGCUGCUAAUUCAAAACCGCAUGGCUCUUGAAGAGCAAAACGAAGUUGCAAGCCACCUAGAAGAUGCCGCCGAAAUGCAGGAGGGCGUCUUCCCCAACGACGAUAAGACGCAGCGAUACGGAAAUCUUCUGUUUCUUCUCCAAUCGGAACCCAGGCAUAUCGCUCACCUCUGCCGACUCGUCUCCAUGUCUGAAAUCGAUUCUCUCCUGCAGACGGUCAUGUUCACCAUAUACGGAAACCAGUACGAGAGUCGCGAGGAGCACCUCCUAUUGACCAUGUUUCAGUCUGUCCUGACAUACCAGUUCGACAACACCCCUGAAUACUCUUCGCUCCUUCGUGCUAACACCCCUGUCUCGCGAAUGAUGACCACGUACACGAGGAGAGGACCUGGCCAGAGCUUCCUUAAGUCAGUUCUGGCUGAUAGAAUUAACAGCCUGAUUGAGCUCAAGGAUUUGGAAAUGGAGAUCAACCCUCUGAAGGUUUACGAGCGCAUGAUUGAGCAGAUCGAGGAAGACACGGGGAGCUUGCCUGCGUCGCUGCCCAGGGGCAUCACACAAGAGCAGGCUGCCGAGAACCCCCAGGUCCAAGCCAUUAUCGAACCGCGACUGACGAUGCUUACCGAAAUUGCGAACGGCUUUCUGACGACCAUCAUUGACGGCCUGGAAGAGGCUCCCUAUGGUAUCCGGUGGAUCUGCAAGCAAAUCCGCAGUCUCACCAAGAGGAAGUAUCCAGAUGCCAAUGACCAAGUCAUCUGCACUCUGAUCGGCGGGUUCUUUUUCUUGAGAUUUAUCAACCCAGCCAUUGUCACGCCAAAGUCUUACAUGCUCAUCGACGGAACACCGGCGGAUCGACCGAGGCGAACCCUGACUCUCAUUGCAAAAAUGCUGCAAAACCUAGCCAACAAGCCGUCAUAUGCAAAGGAGCCCUAUAUGGCCAAGCUGCAGCCAUUCAUCCAACAGAAUAAGGACAGGGUCAACAAGUUUAUGCUUGACCUGUGCGAGGUUCAGGACUUCUACGAAAGCCUAGAAAUGGACAACUACGUUGCACUUUCGAAGAAGGAUAUCGAGCUCUCCAUCACGCUAAACGAAAUCUACGCUAUGCAUUCCUUGAUCGAGAAGCACUCGGGGGAACUGUACAAGGACGAGAACUCGCAUUUGGCCAUCAUCAUGUCCGAACUGGGCCCCGCGGUCCCUCAGGUUCCGCGCAAGGAGAACAGAGUCAUCAAUCUACCGCUGUAUAGCAGGUGGGAGACUGCAAUCGACGAUUUGACGGCCGCUCUAGAUAUCACACAAGAGGAAGUGUUCUUUAUGGAGGCCAAGUCCAUCUUUGUGCAGAUUCUGCGGACGAUACCUGCCAACUCGUCGGUCGCGAAACGGCCUUUGCGGCUCGAGCGGAUUGCUGACGCAGCUGCAACGUCCAAGAACGAUGUCGCCAUGGUCCGGAAAGGCAUCCGGGCGAUGGAGCUGUUGAGUCAGCUGCAGGACCUCAAGGUUGUCGAUAAGAGCGACCAAUUCAGUCUGCUGCGGGAUGAAAUUGACCAGGAACUCCAACAUCUCGGCUCGCUCAAGGAAGGUGUCCUUGUAGAGACGCAGAAGCUUGAAGAGGUGUACAAGACAAUCCGCGAUCACAACACAUACCUGGUGGGGCAGCUUGAGACAUACAAGAGCUACCUGCACAACGUGCGUAGCCAGAGCGAGGGCACGCGCAGAAAACAGCAGAAACAGCAAGUGCUGGGGCCCUACAAGUUCACUCACCAGCAGCUCGAGAAGGAGGGUGUCAUCCAAAAGAGCAACGUCCCCGAUAAUCGGAGAGCCAACAUCUACUUCAACUUCACGAGCCCUCUUCCGGGGACCUUUGUCAUCUCGUUGCACUACAAAGGUCGCAACCGGGGUCUCCUCGAGCUGGAUCUCAAGCUUGACGACCUCCUUGAGAUGCAGAAGGACAACCAGGACGACUUGGAUCUGGAAUACGUUCAGUUCAACGUCCCCAAGGUACUUGCGCUUCUCAAUAAACGAUUCGCCAGGAAGAAGGGGUGGUAG